AUGAGCAAUGAAAAUAUUAUUCAGUCGAUGAUAAAUGAUAGUGAAUAUGAAUCAGAUGUUUCAUCUGUAGCUGAUUCUUCAACAAGAAAUAAUAAUGAAUCAAAAUUAAGUUGUGAACAUUUAAUGAAACGUAUUGAUUCAUUAACACAAGAAAAUCGUGUUCUUAAUAUUGAAGUUCAAACAUUUAAAUUACGUUUAAAAUCUUCACAACAAGAAAUCAAACAAUUAAAACAUGCAAGUGUUAAUAUGCAAGUUAAAACUGAACAAGAAGAAGAAUUUAUUUCGAAUACACUUUUUAAAAAAAUUCAAGAAUUAAAAAAAGAAAAAGAAACUUUAGCAAAUAAUUAUGAACGUGAAGAAGAAUUUUUAACAAAUGAUUUAUCGAAAAAAUUACAACAAAUUCGAGAAGAAAAACAGUCAUUAGAACAAUCAUUAGAACGAGAACAAGCUUCACAAAUCAGUCAAUUAAUGAAAAGAAUUAAUCGAUUAGAAGCUGAAACUACUAAUAAACAAAAUACUUUAGAACAAUUAAAACGAGAAAAAAUUGAAUUAGAAAAUACAUUAGAAAAAGAACAAGAAUCUUUAGUGAAUCGUCUAUGGAAAAGAAUGGAAAAAUUAGAAACGGAUAAAAAAUUACUUCACUUACAAAUUCAACAAUCUCAUCCAUAUAAUACAAGUAGUAAUCCAACUUCUUCAACUAAUUUAACAACAAAUGAACGAUUAAAUAUUCGAUCAAAUUCAUUAUUUGAAACAAAUUCAUCAAAUCGUCAUUUUGCAUCAAAUAAUGAUUAUGCUCAACGAUUAAAACGUGAAGUUGAAGAACUUCGUCAACAAUUAUCAGUACAACAAGAAAACUAUCAGAAAAAAAUGCAAGAAAUUCUUUUAGAAGAACAAAAUGCUAAAGAUGAAAAUUUACGUUUACAAAGAAAAUUACAACUUGAAGUUGAUCGUCGAGAACAACUCUAUAGACAAUUAAGUGAAAGUGAAUCAUCACUUGAAAUGGAUGAAGAACGAGCUUUAAAUCAAAAAAUGAAAUCAAAUUCAAAAUAUAAACAAACAAGAACAAGUUCAUCAUCAUCGUCAUCUCUACAUAAUUUAGCUCGAUCAAGAACAGCAUCAAGUCCAGCAUUUACCAUUAAUCCAAAUAAUGAAUAUGCUCAACGAACAAGAUUACCAUCAAAUAAUUUCGAAGAUGAUAAUAAUAAUAUGGAGUAA